AGUGCUGGUGCCACGUCAUCACGUAGAACCUCGUUUGCGUAGAGCGCGGGAAGCGGCGCGAGCACGACGCCGCUGAGACCGAAGAAACGGGAGCAACCGGAAGCAGAAGCAGAGCGCGUGAGGAGGAUGAAGGUGUAUUUCUGCGGGAGCAUCCGCGGCGGCAGAGAUGACGUUGUCGUGUACCGGAGGAUCGUUCAGAAGCUGCAGAGCUACGGGACCGUGCUGACCGAGCACGUGAGCAGCGGCGAGCUCACCGACAGAGGAGAGGACGCCACAGCAGCAGGAGACCGAGCCAUUCACAACCGGGACGUGGACUGGCUCCGACAGUGUGACGUGGUCGUGGCGGAGGUGACGCAGCCGUCUCUGGGCGUCGGCUACGAGCUCGGCCGAGCCGUCGACAUGAAGAAGAAAAUCUUCUGUCUGUUCAGACCAUCCUCAGGACGCAGUCUCUCAGCCAUGAUUCGAGGAGCUGAUGACGGCGAGCUCUUCCUGGUCAGAGAUUACGACGAGGAUGAGGUGGAGAACGUUCUGGAAGAGUUCUUUAACAGCCUGCAGAGAACCUGAAGAACAGAAACUCACUCAAUAAAGUCAAAAAGCAGAAUAAAA